AUGAAUUUAAUCGCUGUUUUCAUUGUAUUAUUAGCAGUUUCAAAUAUUGUAAAGUGUGAAUUCACUUGCCGUAUUCCAAAGUCGAUCCCCCUGCAAUAUACAAUAGGAGGUCAACCGGUUUUAUGUAAUUUAUACGGCUGGUUUCAACCGAUUACCGGAAGCUCAAAAACUCAGGACACUAGUAGAGGAUGCAACAAAAUUUUGGGAGAAAGCAUUGACAGUCAAAAUCCAGGAGAUGAGAAGCAACUUGUGAAAAGAUAUUGUAAUGACAACUUCUACUAUACAGUUAGCGGAAACAAUUCUUUAUACUGUGUAAAUUCAAAUUGUAACAGUAAAGCUAUGUGUGGUUCCCUAGAAAUUCCAGAUCAAUACGCAGCUGAAUGCUAUGAACAACGCAACAAUUUGUUACAUCGACUUUAUACUAAUGGAAGCGGUAUACCCGGAAAUGGUUAUGUACUUAUUGCCGAUGCAGAUGAAGGAGAUUUAUGCACAGGUUCAACAGCAGCAUAUGCUGCGUCAUGUCACAUGGAUCCUAGAACUGACAGGCCUAAUGUUGGAUACGUGAACUUAUGUCCAAGUCAAAUAGACCUAACAUACCCAGGUGGUAAAGCUUUUCCAGGAAUUAUGAUCCAUGAAAUCGGUCAUGCACUGGGAUUCACAUCCAGUAGUUUUCCAUUUAUGCGUGAUUCAUAUGGAAAGCCUCGAACCCCAAGAGAUAGGCAUAAUAAACCAAUAUAUACAGAUGAAUAUGGAGAUUAUAUUCCAAGUGACAGUACAAUCAGAAAGAUCCGAAGACGCUGGAUAAGUGCUGCAGGAAACUACACGAAAACUAUUGGAUCUUUUGUCACUCCAAAAAUAUUAGCAGCUGCCAGAAAAUAUUUCAACUGCCACACUUUAGAUGGAGUUGAUUUAGAACACUACAAUAUAAUAGGAUCGAUUGGAUCACACUGGGCUACAAAAGUAUUAGGAACCGAAGUAAUGGCACCAAGAAUAAUGAUAGAUUAUGCCGUUUCUGAAAUUACUUUGGCUUUCUUUGAAGAUUCGGGAUGGUACAAAGUUAAUUACAACGCAGCGAUGAACAUGCAAUAUGGGAAAAAUCUUGGAUGUGACUUUGCAACUAAGAGUUGCUAUGAAUAUGCGGAUAUUCAAAAGAAAAAGGGUCAAAAGUUCUUACCUUUCUGUGACAAUAAACGUCAAGCAACGUGUAGAGAUGCCUACUCUUAUGGGGUUUGCAGCAUAUGGACAUACCCUGAUGGUGUACCAGCAGAAGAUCAGUUUUUCAAAAAUCCACCUUACACUUCUAGUUAUAGUGCUAGAUAUUUUGGAGGUGAUGAUCCCCAUAGGGAUUUUUGUCCAACGCAAACGUAUGUCAGUAGCCUUGGAAGUGAUUACCAAGCAACUUCUUUCUGCACUCACACUGAAAACAUAGAUAGAUCAAUAUUCCGUCAAAACUUUUUUCAAGACAACAACGGAGGUUGUGAUCCAGGUAGACUGAUGAAUAAAUUGCAAGUGUGGCUUCAAUUACAUCUUUAA